UUGAACCCGUCGCUAAACAUGCAAUACUCGUCGCCGUCGUUGUUGCGUUUUUUCAUCGUCUUGUCAUCGAGUCUCGUUGUGGCUGUAAAUUCUCAAACGUGCCAUCUGAGGGAGCUCGACAUCUGCGCCGUGUCAUCGGUGGCUUUCAACAAAGUAGCUACAACCGAGAAUGAGAUCGACCGCUACUGUAAUCUCUUCGAUGACGCCAAGGAGUGCUUCUUCAACUACACCAGGAAGUGCAUGACUCCGCUGCAUCGGGAACUUCUCAACUUCGGUAUCGAGGGAGCGAAGGAACUCAGCGCCAAGUUCUGUAAGCGAGGCGAUAGGCUCCGAAGCGACUACCUCAAGCACGCGCCCUGUAUCGCUCGCGCUAUGCCCGAAGGUAAGAAAUGCCUCCAGGACGCUCGGACCGGCUUCGAGAGAAUCGAGGAGGCCAAGUUCCAGGAUAGGAUCUCCACGGCUUGCUGCACAUACAUGAGAUAUCAGAACUGUCUCACGGACGCCGUCGAGAAACGCUGCGGAGAGAGAGCCGUCCAAUAUGGUCAUAUUCUGCUGCGAAUGGCGUCAUCGAACCUCAUCGACAUCAUGUGUCAAGGAUACGACACAAAUCCUGUCUGUAAGAGGCUUCUGCCACCAUCCGGGACCAGGCCAAGAGGAAAUUCGAAAUCCGUUGUGAGCAAGCUCUUCGCCGCCUACGUAGGCCUCUAAACAAUGUGAUCUCUGACAAGCGAGCGGAGGCGGCUUACGGAGGGUUCAAAUCCCAAACAUCUGACUUUCUCUCGUGGAGCUCACGCGGAUCGAAGCAAGGGUAUUACAUGGCGUAUGCGUUCUUCACUCGGCGGAACUCCGAUGGACAGACUUUUCCGUCGGUGCCUUCUCCCUGAAUCGAGAAAUGAUUGAGCCGCUUACCGAUAUUCGGGAGGUCAGAAAGAGCUGUCUGAUUCGGCCACCGGCGCCUGUGACUGCUCCAAAUGCUCCGCAGAGAGCCCACGCAAUGGAAAUUUCAGGUACCGCACGUGUUGUCGUUUUUUGGAGCUUCCACCGUACGUAAAGUGUUUCUUCCCUCUUUAUCGUUGUCGAUGUUGAACGUCGUU